UGUUUCGGCUCCGGUGCCGGGGGAAGGAUUUUCUCAGCUGUUACCGGAAGUACGGAAUAUUCUAGACUGCGUUACCGGAGAGCGCGCCGCGGUGACCGGGAAUAUCCGCAGACACGACUUGGAGGUUUGCCCCACUUGUUCCUGAAUGAGUUAGUAGAAUGUUUCUGUCAAGAUUCGCUCUGCAGCUUGUGAAAGCACCCAGACUGCCGGUUGAUCUGCCUGUCCUUGGUUCUGCCAUUCAACAUUGCAAAGCAUUAUCGAGGAAUUGCUACACACAGCCUCAUCAAACUAAGCUGAAACCACAACGUUGGUGCACACUAGAUAAUGAGCUGGAGGAGUUUCUGACUCCACGGAAAUUGUCCAUUAGUCCAUUAGAAGGUUGGCUAACAAUUAAAUACCAUGUACCGGGGUUGGAUCAAAACGAUGAGCAAAGUAUUGGGAUAAGUGUCCAACAUUCUUCUCCGCAGUAUGACUGUCCUUCAGCUGAGGAACCUUUACCGUUUGGUGAGAAUGGAGAAGUGAUGAACUGCAAUAAAGAUGAAAUCCAGUGUAAAAAUGUACUGAAAAUUCGCAGGAGAAAAAUGAAUAGGCACAAGUACAAAAAGUUAUUAAAACGUACCAAGUUUUUACGCAGACGAAUCAAAGAAAACCGUAGACGAAGACGGCAAAUAAAGUUUGAGAGGGAUUUGAAGCGAAUCUGGAAGAAGGCUGGACUGAAGAAACCACCAGAAGGCUGGCAGGCACCAAAGAUAUUUGUGAAACGAUACCAUGGAAAAUCUGAAUGACACUGGAAACAACAGCUGUGUUCUAUAUAAAGCGAAACAAAAUGUUUUGAAGAA